AUGGUUUUGUCAAAAUUUCAACUUGCAACCCUUCUCAUCACAUAUUCUCUCCUAUUUACUUGCCAAUCAAAAGUACUGAAAAGAAUUCAAAUCGGACCUGACGAGUGUGUUUAUAGAGGUCGGUGCCGAUUCAGCUACGAAUGUAGGAGUCGAUGUGGACCGCCUGAGUUCCCAAAUGAAAUUAUUGGUUUAUGCAUGUUUGAUUAUAAUGAUCUUGAAUAUUUUUGUUGUUGU